AUGGCGGACGACACUCGGGAGAUUAAGUCAGAAGCUGUAGAUGCCGCGCUCGGUGAAAUGAAACUUGUGGAGGGCAUUGAGGUGCAAGAUUUUGCCAAUGGCACAAAUGGAUAUAUUUCUACUCCUCCAGAAAUCAAGAGAUCUCGCUCCAAUACACCCGGUCUUGUAACUCAUCGUUCUCAAACUCCAACCGGAAAGCAAAGCACCAGUCAAACAUUCAAAUCUGAAGAUGAAGAGGAUGAAGAGACUAUAGGUGGUGAUAUCAGCGUCACCGUCGAGCCUGGUAAAGCGCCAAAGCUAUCGAGGAAAGCGUCACAAAAAGUGAUAUCUCGACCACCCCCUCUCUUCAAUGAUCUUCCAGAUUCUACAGAAGAGGCAGCUUCAGUUUUUCAGGUAAUCAAAGAUUGUAUCUAUGGAGCUAAGCAUAUGGGAGCUUCAGAUCACGAUGCAUUGGAUUGUGAUUGUCCCGAGGAAUACAGCGACGGGAAGAAUGAUGCCUGUGGAGAGGAUUCAGACUGUAUUAAUCGACUGACGAAAAUGGAAUGUGGUGGAGGUCAUAAAGAUUGCAACUGUGGUGCGGCGUGUCAAAAUCAACGCUUUCAACGCAAACAGUAUGCCAAAGUAUCAGUGAUCAAGACAGAUAAAAAAGGUUACGGGUUACGCGCAAAUACUGAUUUACAUCCGGAUGAUUUCAUUUUCGAGUAUAUUGGAGAAGUUAUCAACGAACCAACCUUUCGAAAACGGACCAUUCAAUAUGACCAGGAAGGAAUUAAACAUUUCUAUUUCAUGUCACUUACGAAACAUGAAUUCGUGGAUGCGACGAAAAAGGGAAAUCUAGGCCGAUUUUGCAAUCAUUCCUGUAAUCCGAAUUGUUAUGUGGAUAAGUGGGUGGUCGGAGAAAAGUUGCGCAUGGGCAUUUUUGCCGAGCGUACAAUCAAAGCCGGAGAAGAGUUGGUCUUCAAUUAUAAUGUUGACCGAUAUGGUGCCGACCCUCAACCAUGUUACUGCGGCGAACCGAAUUGUACUGGAUUCAUUGGAGGCAAGACUCAAACUGAGCGUGCUACCAAACUUUCUCAUGCCACCAUUGAAGCUCUGGGUAUUGAUGAUGGUGAUGGUUGGGAUACAGCUGUUGCCAAGAAACCUCGGAAGAAGAAGACAGGUGAGGAUGAUGAAGAAUAUGUUAACAAUGUUCAAUCAAAGGGUCUCGAUGAAAGUGGUGUACGAAAGGUUAUGGCAACCCUGAUGCAAUGCAAAGAGAAAUGGAUUGCCGUCAAACUACUUGGUCGAAUACAACGUUGCGAGGAUGACAAGGUUCGAAACAGAGUAAUACAAAUGCACGGCUAUCAGAUUCUUCGUACGACCUUGACUACUUGGAAGGAAGACAAUAACGUGAUCCUCCAAGUAUUCGAUAUUCUCUACAAGUUUCCACGACUUACUCGGAACAAAAUUGUUGAUUCGAAAAUUGAACCAGUUUUGGAUGGAUUCACAAAAUCUGAGCAUGAAGAUGUUGCUUUCGAGGCGAAGAGACUAUUGGAAGAAUGGAGCAAACUGGAGUUUGCAUAUCGAAUCCCGAGGAGAGCUCCAACUCUCAUUGCACAAGUAUUCGAACGACGUCCAGAGCAAAUAGAAAAAGUCACUCAAUCCCCGUCUCCAGUCAUUGUUGCCCCUACUGGUCCCCGGAGUGUUAUUCCUCAACGCAAUGCCAACUUCAUCGCGAAUCGACCUAUACCUCGGCGUAACAAUUUCAACGUAUUACCACCUGGAUGGUUCACCGCGAUGGACCAAAAUGGAAACGCCUACUAUUAUAGUAAGACCGGACAAACAACAUGGCAGAGACCAUUCAUGCCAGCAGGAGCCGAGCCCCCACCACCACCUCCCAAACCUGCUCCAAAAAGUGUACAAACGCAAAAAGCCCUUCAAGACAUCAUCGAUAGUAUUACAAAAGAACCCUCACAUACUCCAGCUCUUUCUUCGCAUUCCGCUGAAGGUACACCAAAGGAAAGAAAAAAGCCUGUUGAAAAAUGGCGCACAUUGCCCUUGGAGAAGCAGAUGAAACUUUAUGAAAAUACUCUCUUCCCUCAUAUCAAAUACGUAAUGCAAAAGUUCUCCGGCAAACUUCAAAAGGACGACCUCAAGAAAUUCGCCAAGGAGGUUGGUAAAAGGCUUGUGGCCUCUGACUUUAAGAAUAAUCGUGUUGAAGACCCUACAAAGAUAUCCGAAAAACAAGAGAAGAAGGUUAAGAAAUAUGUACGGGAUUAUUUCGAAAAAGCAGUUGAAAAGAAAAGGGAAAUGGAAAAGAAGAGAGCGGAAAGGAGAAAGCGUGAAAUGCAGGCAAAAACUAAUGGAACUGGGGCCAACGAAAAGGAAUCAAAAACGGAAAAUACGAUUAUGAGCAGUAGUCCGGAUCUGGUUGACGAUGAGGAUGUGGAGGUCGAUGUACCAAGUCCGACUGCAUCACCUAGCGGACAACUCGAGUUAGAAAUCCUGAAGAGGAAGAGGGAAAAUGAUGAUGAUGAUGAGGAAAGUCCGUCAGAAAAUAAGAGGGUUAAGGAGGAUGGCGCUGAGGGGGAAACUCCAAUUGAUAGUUCUACGCCGCCUCCGCCUCCUCCCCCACCUCCCGCGGAAGGUAUGCCUAUGUCAGGAUCGGAAGAUCUUGAGAUGGGUAACAGCAAUGGAGAUAUUGGAAGCGAGAAAGAAGUGAAGGAAGAAACGGAAGAGGAAAGAGAGUUAAGGCUGCAAGAAGAGGAUUUAAUGAGGGAGAAUGAAGAGGCUAUGAAGAUGGAAAUGGAAGUAGAUUCUGAUGGGAGAAAGAACGAAUGCGAGGGGUCUAGUGAGCAUAUUAAUGAUGAGGGCGAGGUUAGUGAUGGGCAUGAUGAGUUGAUGAAGGGUGUUGUGUUAGUGGGUAUGACGGUGGCUGCAUCUAAAAAUUGA